UGAUUCUGCAUGAAAAGUCAAGUGGGAAGUGUUGAGCAGCAGCAUGCCGCGGAGAAAGCAGCAAGCGCCGAGGCGAUCUUCAGCGUACGUGCCUGAGGAUGAGCUCAAGGCAGCUAAGAUCGAUGAAGAACACCUGCAGGAUGACGGCCUCUCCUUAGACGGUCAGGAUGCAGAGUACCUGUGCAAUGAAGAGGAGGAUGGCAGAGACCAGCUGAGCUACCAGAACUCCCCACUCAGCAAUGGCACCAACCCAGACGCUGGGUAUGGAUCGCCUCUCAGCGAUACCAGCGAUCACCUGGCCGACUUCAAAAGCACCUCCUCCAGGGAGGGCCAGGAUAAAGAUGAUGCUGAGGACAUGGAAACAGACGCAAGCCUCUCUUUCCAGGACAGCCUGGCGCAGAUGAAAGCUGUCUAUGCAAACUUGAUCUCAGAUGCAUCCUGGUCAAGCAUUACCAGGGACAUCAUGAAAAGCAAACAGAUCAACACUAGCAGCAGCAGUACCAUAUCCACCCAUAGGGGGAGCAGUAGUGUUGCUAAUAGCCAUGUGAAAAAUGUUAGCAGCAGUGGAGGCAACAACAUUAGCGGUUCUAGUGCCACUACGAAAACAACCACAAGCACCACCGCCACAGCUAAUGCCACCACCUUAAAUAACACUAACAACGGAAAUAUUACUGGUGCUAACUCUAGCAGCAUUGCUUAUGACUGGCACCAAGCUGCAUUAGCCAAAACUUUACAGCAUGCACCUUACCACCUCCUACCAGAGCCAAGCCUCUUUAGCACAGUGCAGCUGUACCGGCAGAACAAUAAGCUCUAUGGGCCUGUUUUUACAGGAGCAAGCAAGUUUAGAUGCAAAGACUGCAGUGCAGCUUAUGACACCCUGGUAGGCCUCACAGUACACAUGAAUGAAACGGGCCAUUACCGUGAUGACAAUAAGGAUAAUGAGGAUGACAGGGGCAAGAAAUGGUCGAAGCCCAGAAAGCGUUCACUGAUGGAGAUGGAGGGCAAAGAAGAUGCUCAGAAAGUCCUAAAAUGCAUGUACUGUGGCCACUCAUUUGAAUCUCUACAAGACCUGAGUGUCCACAUGAUCAAAACAAAACACUACCAGAAAGUGCCUCUCAAAGAACCAAUGCCAGCUCUUGCCUCAAAGCUGGUUCCCUCUACCAAAAAGAGAGCUUUUCAGGACAUAGUGUCCCCAUGCUCACCUGAGUCCAUUAGUAGCACACCUGGUGUCCCACUGACAGAGUCCACUAAGGACCCGAAGGUGGCUAACCCCUAUGUUACAGCCAACAAUCGCUAUGGCUAUCAGAAUGGUGCCAGUUACACUUGGCAGUUUGAAGCCAGAAAAGCGCAAAUUCUCAAGUGCAUGGAAUGUGGAAGUUCUCACGAUACUUUACAGCAACUUACAGCCCACAUGAUGGUUACCGGACAUUUCCUCAAAGUUACAAACUCUGCUUCAAAAAAAGGAAAGCAGCUGGUGUUUGAUCCAGUUGUGGAAGAAAAAAUCCAAUCCAUUCCUCUUCCACCAACCACUACACGGCUUCCACUUCCCAGCAUCAAGUCACAGCCAGAUUCACCAGUGCAAUCCACGAUGUCUGAAGAGAGGAGGGAGCCAGAGGAGGAAAAAAUGGAGGAAAGUGAACCAGAGAAAAAGAUCAAAGAGGAGAAAGAGGAUACAUUUGAGAAAAAUGAAAAAACAGACAAAUCUGGUCACUAUAAGUACCUAAGAGAGGAAGAUCUUGAAGAAACUCCAAAAGGUGGUCUAGAUAUCCUCAAAUCUCUGGAGAAUACUGUGUCCAGUGCAAUCAGCAAAGCUCAGACAGGAACACCCACAUGGGGAGGAUAUCCCAGCAUCCAUGCUGCCUACCAGCUCCAAGGGUCGGUAAAAUCGUCUCUACCUGCCGUGCAGAGUGUCCAGAUUCAACCAACUUUCAGUGCCAGUAGCUUGAAGUCUUUGACAUCUGACCCUAGUGCCCUAAUGCACUCCCCUGGCAGUCCAUCCUCACCUCCAAACCAUAAAAACAAUGUCUUGGCUAUGGAGGAAUUAGUUGAAAAAGUCACAGGUAAAAUUUCAAUGAAAAGAGAGAGGGAUGAGAAGGUCAGUGAACUCAGAUCUAAGCAUAGUGUUGCCAAAUCUCCUUCACCUGUGCCCAAGGAGAAAAAGGAAUUGGCCAGGUCCGAUGAAAUCAGUAAACCUGUAAAGAAUGGUACUGGUGAUGAGGAGAUGGAAACAGUUUGUAGGGAGAGAGAGCAAAAGGAGAGUCAAGUAGACAGUGGUAUCAAGAAUGGCACAGAUGCCAUCAAAACACAGGUCAGCAACGGUUGCAGUAAUUUGGGAAUCAUCACAGAUCACUCACCGGAACAGCCUUUUGUGAAUCCCCUCAGUGCGUUACAGUCUAUCAUGAACACUCACUUAGGCAAGGCGUCCAAAGCUGUUAACCCCCUACUGGACCCAUUGGCAAUGUUGUACAAGAUUAGCAACAACAUGAUGGAGAAACCCAUUUACAAUCCAACUCAGGUCAAACAAUUAGAGUCCAUCAACAGAUAUUAUGAUAAUGAUGAUCAACCCAUGGACUUAACAAAAUCCAAGAGCAGCAAUGGCCGUUCUAACAACUGCACCUCCACUGUUAUCAGCAACAAUAGCUCCUCCAGCAACAGCAACACCAAUAACAGCAACAGACCUAUUCUCUCCAGUUUAACUGAAUCUGUAUCAUCUCCUCUACGUGAAAAUGCAUUAAUGGACAUUUCAGACAUGGUGAAGAACCUCACAGGGCGACUGACGCCAAAGUCAUCAACACCUUCGUCUAUAUCAGAGAAGUCAGAUGCAGAUGGCAGUGCAUUUGAAGAUGCUUUGGAGGAUCUUUCUCCAGUCCAGAAGAGGAAAGGAAGACAGUCAAACUGGAACCCCCAGCACCUACUUAUUCUCCAAGCCCAGUUCGCUUCCAGCCUCCGGGAAACUCCAGAGGGGAAAUUUGUCAUGACAGACUUGGGUCCUCAAGAGCGGGUCCAGAUCUGCAAGUUCACGGGUCUCUCUAUGACCACCAUCUCACACUGGUUGGCCAAUGUAAAGUACCAGCUGAGGCGGACAGGUGGAACCAAGUUUCUGAAGAACAUAGAUUCAGGUCAGCCACUGUUCUUGUGUAAUGACUGUGCUUCUCAGUUCAGAACUCCAUCCAGCUACAUUAGUCACUUAGAAUCUCAUUUGGGGUUCAGCUUGAAGGAUCUCUCCAAACUGUCCAUAGACCUUAUAAGAGAGCAGCAAGCUGUCACAAAAAUUAUCACAGACAAGACAUGCAAUGUCCUUGGUCUGACCGAGGAGGACUCUGGCUCAAUUUUUCAGUGCAAACUGUGCAAUAGAACCUUUGUCAGCAAGCAUGCAGUCAAGCUGCACCUCAGUAAAACACAUGGCAAAUCACCAGAGGACCACCUGAUCUUUGUUACUGAACUUGAAAAGUUAGAUAAACAGUAA